AUGGCGACAUGCUCCUUUUCAUCUCCGACGAGCGUUAAGCACCACAGUGCUCCGUCGCCGAUUUACAACUGCACCACCGCAAACACCAAGUCGAGAGCUCUUUGCUUCACUGCUUCUCAUAAAUUUAAUCUGCACCGUUCAUUCCUCUUCAAACGCAAUCCUUGGUCGGGCCGCUGCUACGCCGCCGGGCCACCAUCAGAACCGCCUUCCGAGAAAAGUUUAGCUCCAAUUUCAGGUGUAAGAUCGGCUUUCACGAAAUUUCAGGACACCUUGCAGAUAUUCUUUGCUGUGCUAUUUUGGAUGUCUCUCUUUUUCUGGUCUUCUUCAUGGAAUGGAGGGGACAGCAGCAAGCAGAACAAAGGAUCUCGAUUUAGGAAAUAA